AUGAACCUGGUCAUUCUUGCUUACAACCGUUUGCUUGAAAAGCUCGAACUAUACAUGGAUAAAUGUGAGGAUACGUGGCCUGAGCUAGUGCACGCAACACAAUGCGGUUGGGAAAAGCUCAAAGGGUACUACUGCAAGGCUCAAGGCCACUCUUUUGCCGUUGCUACUGCCAUGGACCCUCGAUUAAAAUACGAAUGGUGGGAAGACGAGAAAUGGGGAGAGUAUCGCGAGGAGGCUAUUGAGAUGGUGCAGAAGACGUGGCAAACAUAUAAGCCAUCAAGAACGCAAGAACCAUCCCCAUCAAACCCGGAUGCGUUGAUCAAGAAGAGGAGAUCGAACACGGACCAGCUGGAAAGAUAUGUUUCCACGGAUACAGUAAUCAACGAGUCCGACGCCUCAUCAACAGGAUCUGAACGGCUUUUCUCCGGUGCCAAGCAAUAUAUUCCAAGUGAAUGGAAUCGGCUUGGACAAGAUUACAAUACGUGUAGAAAAUGCCGUGAACACCAAAGUGACGUCGGUAAACCAAUCGCAGGGCAGUUACUCCUGACAAUGGAUGAAGUACUCGACAUGAUCCCUUUGCAUCAAAGUUUGAGGAACGUAGCUGACAGUCUUGAAGAUUACAGCCUCGACACGUAUGUGCAACUAGACGACGAUAUAUUGGCGUUGUCAGAUUCACAACUUGUAAUCAACAUCCGCAAUCGUAUCGAGGCUGUUGACGGAUACUAUUACUACGAAGCAUAG